CUUUUGUCGUACACAAUUGUCGUAUAAAUUCAACAUUAACAUGAUUCCGAAAAAGAUGCCAGUAAAAGAUGCUCAUAUAGUGAAAAUCGCUGUAGAAUUUGAAAAUCAUAUAGCGCAGCUAAUAAAUUUAGAUCAGCGUCAACCAUUAACCGGCAAAAUUCAAGAGAUUUGCAGCUGCUGGGGAAUCGUUGAUCCUGAAAAUUAUGCAUUACAGUUUUGCGAAACUAACAACCAAAAAUAUGUUACAGAAAAAAAUCGCAAUGAAAUUAAAAAUGGUUCCGUCUUGCGUUUACAAUAUUCGCCGUCAAAAACCGCAAAUGACGCUUUGGAGACUUUACGGACCGGCUCAACCUUUGAUAAAAUUAAAUGCCUUAAGGAACUUUCUUCGCUCUCCGUGGAUCUAACUUUUGCCUUAGAAUUUAUCAAAGAGCAGGGCCUUGAUAUCAUAAUUAGUAUGAUUGAGGAGCCCUCGGAAAAAGAGGACGAAAUCCUUAAGUACAGUUUAAAAAGUUUCGUGGAAUUAAUGGAACACGGUACAGUAUCCUGGGAGAUAUUGCAAAAUAACUUUGUAGAGCGCAACAUUUACAUAGUAAGAAACUUUCAACAUUUCUCUAAAUGUACUGAGAGUGCCCUCUCCAAUCUAGAGAAUAUUGUGCAAAAUAGUAGUAAACAUAAUUUGGUAGAACAUGAAGUUACUCUACAGGAUUUGUUACGAUUAUUGCAAGAUGCAAAUUCUUCGGUUAUUAUGCAAAAUGCUAUAGCUCUCAUUAAUGCCUUAUUUGUAAAGGCGAACGAAGCCAGAAAACGUCAAAUAGCCCAUACGAUAAGCGCUAAGCAAUACCGGCUAGCUUUGAUUGGUAAUGUAACCAGUACCGAGAUGACUCAUCAACUGUAUGUGUUGCAAACUUUAACCUUGGGAUUAUUGGAGCAACGCAUGCGUAUGAAAAUAAAUGCACAAGAUCAGGAUGCUCAUGAGAAAAUUAAGGAACUAAGGCGUAUUGCUUUUGAUGAUUAUUCCGGUAUAAUGGGUAGUGGAGGCAGUGGCAAUCUCUCGUCCGCUAAUAUAGGGAACGUAAAUUUUGCUCAAUAUUAUAAGAAGCUUGGUUUUAAGUCCGACAUUAAUCCAGCCCAAGAUUUCAUAGAAACGCCACCUGGAAUUUUGGCCCUCGAUUGUAUGGUUUACUUUGCUCGAAAUUUUACUCAACAAUAUACAAAAAUUGUCCAUGAAAAUUCAUGCCGGGGCGAUGAGCAUGAAUGUCCGUUUGGCCGUACCUCUAUAGAGCUGGUAAAAGUUUUAUGCGAUAUUUUGCGUAUUGGAGAGCCGCCUUCCGAUCAGUCAGACUUUCAACCUAUGUUCUUUACGCACGAUCAUCCCUUUGAGGAGUUCUUUUGCAUAUGUAUUAUGACAUUAAAUCGUACAUGGAAGGAUAUGCGGGCCACCGGUGAAGAUUUUCUCAAAGUUUUCAGUGUAGUUCGUGAACAAAUAACUCGAACCCUUAAACAACGACCGGACAAUUUGGAAGAUAUCCGCGGCAAGAUAGCCCAUUUCACCUAUCAAACAAUAACAAAUUUAAGGCAACAAGAACGGACAUCCAAAGAAGAAUGUGAUUCUACGGCAUCAGCUAUUGUAAAACUUAAGGAGAAGAUAUCACCGCAUAUUUUGGACUUAAUUAAACAACAGAGAUUAGCAUUUCUAGUAGAAGGUACACGCUUUUCGAAGUACUCGCGAGGAGCUCGGUCAAAAGAUAAAUUUUGGUAUGCCCGUCUAUCACCCAAUUUCAAAGUCAUACAUUACGGUGAUUGCGAUGAAAAGACUAUACCAACAUUGGAGGAAUUGCCGAAUAAAGUCUCCGUAAUAGAUAUUAAACAGUUAUUAGAAGGCAAAGAAUGUCCACACAUGAAAGAAAUGCGUACUCGAAAAUCGGCCGUUAAUCUAGCAUUUUCCAUUACUUUCGACAGCAUGGAUCACUCGACAUUGGAUUUUGUAGCACCGGAUGAAACCAUUUUUAAUUAUUGGACAGAUGGAAUUAACGCUUUAUUAGGUCAGGAAAUGGUUAGCAAACAAAAGAAAGAAGAUUUCGACACUUUGCUGUCAAUGGAAAUCAAGUUAAGACUGCUGGAUACGGAAGGAGUCGAUAUAAGCAAGGAACCUCCACCUAUUCCGGAAGAUCCUGAAAAUUAUGAUUUUUGUUUCGAAAGCUGAAUUUCACACCUCUUCCACAAAGUCGCAAAUACAAAGUAUUUCAUACCCAUUCUCUCGCGUAUUUAUAGAAGGGAUUUUAAAAACAAAAACUGACAAACAAAAAGAAAGAGCAUAUUACAGAUGCCAGGCUCAUACAUACAUAAGUAAUUCAUAA